AUGGCGAGAAAGGAGUUUGUGAUACUGCUGCAGCUAUUAAUCCUGCUCCCUCACGAAGUUUGCGAAGGGCAGACAAUGAAAUGUGCUCACACUGAACCUCUUCAGAUUCCACAAGAGUGGUACCAGCCAGGAGAAAUCGUCAUUGGUGGGAUAAUGUCUCAUAUUUUACGUAUUUCCCCCGAAAUUCUCUUCCAGAAAUCCCCUUCUGAGACGUCUGCUAAUAUUCCUGUUUUGAUAACAAAGUUCUACCAGCACGUUCUGGCUUUGGUUUUUGCCAUCAAGGAGAUCAAUGAGGAUCCCGCAGUCUUACCCAACACCACCCUUGGAUUCCACAUCUAUGACAGCUACAAUGAUGCAUGGAUGACCUACCGUACCACUAUGGACCUGCUCUUCAAAUCACACAAGUUCAUCCCCAACUAUGAAUGUGGUGCCCAGAAAGGUCUCAUAGCAAUCAUCGGAGGACUGGGAUCAGACACCUCCUCCCGCAUGGCAGAACUUUCCAGUCUUUAUAUGAUACCACAGGUGCCCUUAUUCUUGCCUUCCUUGCUAAUGAGUGCUCUUACCAUUACUAAGAUUUCUUAUGGAUCAUUUGAAUCACUUGUGAAGGAUCGAGUCCAUUUCCCUUCCUUUUAUUGCAUGGUCCCCAAUGAAGCCCUUCAGUACGUGGGAAUUGUCCAGCUACUUCUGCAUUUCGGGUGGAGAUGGUUUGGACUCGUUGCUAUGGAUGAUGAAGGCGGAGAACAUUUCUUGCAGGCGCUGGAGCUGAUGCUUCUCAGGCAUGGCAUCUGUUCAGCCUUCGUAAUAAGGACAUCAAGAAGUAUCAGUGUUGAUAGUCUCUCAAAAAUGUACAACUACUGUCACAAUAAUAGUUCUGAUUUACUGAACAGUAAAGCUAAUGCAAUCGUUGUGUAUGGAGAAGCAUCCACCAUUAUGUGGCUAGCAGAAAUUAUAUUGAUAUUGCCCUCAGCAACAGUAAGGCUACCAGAUACUCCAUAUUUGACCUCUGCAGGAAAGGUGUGGAUCAUGACCGCCCAGAUGGAUUUCGCCUUCAAUAUAUUUCAAAUGGGUGUUGACGUACAAAUGUUCCAUGGUGCUCUUUCCUUCGCAAUUCACACAAAUGAGAUUGGAGGUUUCCAAACCUUUCUUCAGACCAUCAAUACCACCUGGGAAAACAAAGAUGGUUUUAUUAAGGACUUCUGGGAACAAGUGUUUGACUGUGCACUUCCAGAUUCCAUUAACACAACCACCGUUAGUGAACUGUGUACAGGAGAGGAGAGACUGGAGAGUGUUCGAGCACCUUUUUUUGAAAGGGCUAUGACAGGCCACAGCUAUAGUAUUUAUAAUGCUGUCCAUGCUCUGGCGUAUGCCUUACACAAUGUGAAAACAUGUAGAGCCCAAGAAAGAGCAAGGGAGGAUGGGGGCAGACGGGAUCUUCUGAGGAUGAAGCCCUGGCAGAUGCAUUCAUGCCUUCAGAAGAUCUCAUUUAACAACAGUGCUGGAGAUGAAAUUCGCUUUAAUGAGCAUGGGGAACUAGCAGCCGGGUUUGACCUUACCAACUUGAUCACUUUCCCAAAUAACUCCUAUACCCGAGUGAAAGUGGGAAGGCUGGAUCCGCGGGCUCCUCCAGGGAAAGAGCUCACCAUCGAUGAGGACAGAAUUGAGUGGCACAAAGCCCUCACUCAGGUGCCUCCCUUCUCUCUGUGCAAUGACAUCUGCUAUCCUGGUUACAGCAGGAAAAAGAAGGAGGGGGAGAAAUUUUGCUGCUAUGAUUGUCCUCCAUGUCCAGAAGGCAAGGUGUCAAACCAAGAAGAUAUGGAUUACUGUACCACUUGCCAAGAAGGUUACUAUCCAGACAAGCAUCGAGAUCAAUGCAUUCCUAAGAUUCCAAGCUUCUUGUCCUUUCAAGAUUCUUUGGGGAUGAUUUUGGCCUUUGGGGCUGUUUUCUUUUCUCUGAUGACUGCUCUGGUACUUGGGAUCUUCAUUAAGCGCCACGACACCCCAAUAGUCAAAGCCAACAAUCGAAGUCUCACCUACAUUCUCCUCAUCUCCCUCCUUCUUUGCUUCCUCUGCUCUUUGCUCUUCAUCGGACAGCCUAACAAGGUGACCUGCCUCCUUCGACAAACAACUUUUGGCAUCAUCUUCUCAGGGGCUCUUUCUUCUGUCUUGGCCAAAACCAUUACUGUGGUGCUGGCUUUCAUGGCCUCCAGGCCAAGAAACAUUUUCCGGAAAUGGGUGGGGAAAAGGUUGUCACAUUCCAUUGUCUUUUCCUGCUCCUUUGUUCAAGUUCUCAUUUGUGCUAUUUGGCUGGGAUACUUUCCUCCAUUCCCAGAUCUUGACAAACACUCACUGACUGAAGAAAUUAUAGUGGGAUGUAAUGAAGGUUCGGUCACCAUGUUCUACUGUGUCUUGGCCUACAUGGGCUUGCUGGCCACCAUCAGCUUCAUUGUGGCUUUCCUAGCCAGGAAAUUGCCCGACAGUUUUAAUGAAUCCAAGUUCAUCACCUUCAGCAUGUUUGUCUUUUGCAGUGUUUGGCUGACAUUUGUUCCAAGUUAUCUGAGCACCAGAGGAAAGGUCAUGGUGGCUGUGGAGAUCUUCUCCAUCUUGGCCUCCAGUGCUGGAUUACUGGUCUGCAUCUUUUCCCCCAAAUGCUAUAUCCUUAUAUUCUUGCCUAAACUGAACAGCAGAAAGCAGUUGAUAAGGAAAAGCCAUAUUAUUUCACAAUAA